UGAAGAUGCCUGCAGUGUCCAGUGGGGUGAAGGGCUUGUACCUCUCUACUAAUCUGGGGGACCUCAACAAGAAAGCUGAAGUCAAGCCUGACAAAAUCAACACCAGGAGGUAGGCUAUUGUUCUGACAUGGAUGUCAUUCAAAUGGCAGUUUUGUUUUAAAAUAAUGACCUGAAAACUGGUGGUCUAAAUAAGGGUUUCCCUAACUCGUUCUAUUCUGUGUUGCAGCUAUGUCCAAGAGUGUAUGUAAGAUGUUCUAUUCUGUGUUGCAGCUAUGUCCAAGAGUGUAUGUAAGAUGUUCUAUUCUGUGUUGCAGCUAUGUCCAAGAGUGUAUGUAAGAUGUUCUAUUCUGUGUUGCAGCUAUGUCCAGAGGGCCUGUGAGAUGUUCUAUUCUGUGUUGCAGCUAUGUCCAAGAGUGUAUGUAAGAUGUUCUCUUCUGUGUUGCAGCUAUGUCCAGAGUGUAUGUAAGAUGUUCUAUUCUGUGUUGCAGCUAUGUCCAGAGGGUCUGUAAGAUGUUCUAUUCUGUGUUGCAGCUAUGUCCAGAGGGCCUGUAAGAUGUUCUAUUCUGUGUUGCAGCUAUGUCCAGAGUGCCUGUAAGAUGUUCUAUUCUGUGUUGCAGCUAUGUCCAAGAGUGUAUGUAAGAUGUUCUAUUCUGUGUUGCAGCUAUGUCCAGAGGGCCUGUAAGAUGUUCUAUUCUGUGUUGCAGCUAUGUCCAGAGGGCCUGUAAGAUGUUCUAUUCUGUGUUGCAGCUAUGUCCAAGAGUGUAUGUAAGAUGUUCUAUUCUGUGUUGCAGCUAUGUCCAGAGGGCCUGUAAGAUGUUAUAUUCUGUGUUGCAGCUAUGUCCAUAGUGCCUGUAAGAUGUUCUAUUCUGUGUUGCAGCUAUGUCCAGAGUGUAUGUAAGAUGUUCUAUUCUGUGUUGCAGCUAUGUCCAGAGUGUAUGUGAGAUGUUCUAUUCUGUGUUGCAGCUAUGUCCAGAGGGCCUGUGAGAUGUUCUAUUCUGUGUUGCAGCUAUGUCCAGAGGGCCUGUAAGAUGUUCUAUUCUGUGUUGCAGCUAUGUCCAGAGGGCCUGUAAAUGUUCUAUUCUGUGUUGCAGCUAUGUCCAGAGGGCCUGUAAGAUGUUAUAUUCUGUGUUGCAGCUAUGUCCAGAGUGCCUGUAAGAUGUUCUAUUCUGUGUUGCAGCUAUGUCCAGAGGCCUGUAAGAUGUUCUAUUCUGUGUUGCAGCUAUGUCCAAGAGUGUAUGUAAGAUGUUCUAUUCUGUGUUGCAGCUAUGUCCAGAGGGCCUGUAAGAUGUUCUAUUCUGUGUUGCAGCUAUGUCCAUAGUGCCUGUAAGAUGUUCUAUUCUGUGUUGCAGCUAUGUCCAGAGUGUAUGUAAGAUGUUCUAUUCUGUGUUGCAGCUAUGUCCAGAGUGUAUGUGAGAUGUUCUAUUCUGUGUUGCAGCUAUGUCCAGAGGGCCUGUGAGAUGUUCUAUUCUGUGUUGCAGCUAUGUCCAGAGGGCCUGUAAGAUGUUAUAUUCUGUGUUGCAGCUAUGUCCAGAGUGCCUGUAAGAUGUUCUAUUCUGUGUUGCAGCUAUGUCCAGAGGGCCUGUGAGAUGUUCUAUUCUGUGUUGCAGCUAUGUCCAAGAGUGUAUGUAAGAUGUUCUAUUCUGUGUUGCAGCUAUGUCCAGAGGGCCUGUAAGAUGUUAUAUUCUGUGUUGCAGCUAUGUCCAGAGGGCCUGUAAGAUGUUCUAUUCUGUGUUGCAGCUAUGUACAAGAGUGUAUGUAAGAUGUUCUAUUCUGUGUUGCAGCUAUGUCCAGAGUGCCUGUAAGAUUUUCAAGGCUGCGGAGGAGUGUCGUCUGGACGGAGACGAGGAGAAGUCCUACGUCCUCUACAUGAAAUACCUGACAGUCUAUGAUCUCAUCAAGAAGAGGCCCGACUUCAAGCAGCAACAGGUACCAACCAUGGCCCAUUAGCGCACACCGUACCAAGAUGUAGCUAAACCAAUACAAACCUUUCUUACUAGACACCUUCAGGUUAGACCCUCCCUGUUCUUCCAUUUUGGUGCCUAGUGAACACCACCCAUGUUUUGCUACUCAGACCACCGAGAGGGUUCAAGUCAUACAAUGUAUUUUAAAGGAGACUGGGAGCUCCGAUCUCCCCACGUAUUUAAUGAUUUUUUCAGACAGUAGGAAUGUAAUGGGGGACACAGCAGGUGGAGGGGAGAACAGGGAGUAGUGGGUGAGGAGGGAUUCGACCCCGUGCCGACAUGGGCUAUGUGUGAUUGGAGACUGCAGAACUAGUUAUGCGCAACACUCCCACACGGGACUGUUAUGAUACUGGCCAUAGUGAGGGUUCAAACCAUACAAAGAAUAAACUUACUGCACUGACUAUUGAUUUUCCGACGGGUGAUAGAAUUGUACUCUCUUAGGUGAGGUGGAUGUUGCAAGUGACACGUUAACGAUCAAUAAGUAAAUGUACUUGAUUUCACUGACUUGUGAAAUUUCAUUCUGUUUGGCAAUGACACGAUGUAUUGAUUUAGGCUAGCCUGCUUCUGUUGUUCUUGAGAAUGCUGCCAUCGAAAGCACCUUUUCUCUCUGUUGUCCAAGGAGUUUUUCCUGUCCAUGCUGGGGCCCACCAGCUUUAAAAAAGCCAUAGAAGAAGCCGAGAAGCUCUCUGAAAGCCUUAAGCUCAGGUUGGUGCCUUGCCCUCUGUGUUGAUGUCAUUCAUUCACAGACAUUACAUUCACUUUGUGCACUUUGUAACUGAAUGUCACCUAAAUCAACUGGUAUUCCGAUGGCAUAGGUUUUUAGCUGAACUUCAAUACCCCGUGAAUGGUUGAAGAAGACCAUUUGACUUUUGCCGAAGACGGAGAUACGUUGAUUUUGAAGCUAUAGAAUCUCUCCGUCAAGCCUAAUGAUUCUACGGGUCACGGUUUCUGUUUUCCUGUGUGUGUGUUAAGGUACGAGGAAGUCGAGGUUCGCAAAAAACUUGAGGAGAAAGAGAGACAAGAGGAGAGGAAAAGGAGGGAGGACAGGACGGAGAAAGGAGGAGGGCGGGCGUCUCCAAAAGGAGGGAAAGAGAACAAGAAGGUAGGUGCCUGAAUGAUGAAUGAUGACGAGGACAGAAAAGCUUCUGACCCAAGGCUGAGAGGCCGAUACAGAAGCAAGUGGUACUGGGAAACGCGGUGUCCUGGUUGAUCUUUUCUGUUAAUUCAUGAUCUCAUAAUUCCCACGUACCUGAAAUGAGUAUGUUCACACGUGUGUGUGUGUGUGUGUGUGUGUGUGUGUGUGUGAGUGCUUUUCCUGUGCGGAUGACACAGAUGAAAGUGGAUCAAUUUAUUCCUUUAAAAACAAUGUUUGGAUCCAAAGGUUAAUGUUUAUUACACUGUAUUAAAUAGAUUGUAAUCAGCUUGAAUUAACUCCAGUAAUGUGCUCAGCUGUUGAAUAUAAAUACAUUUUAGAUGUCACAACUGAAAGACGCCUUAACAGAUCCCAGUUUAGUGAAAGCCUGGUGAAGCAUGUUUCUGUUCUGUGUGUUAUUGAGGUGAACGUUUACACCACCCCUGCCAGCACCAGUUAUUGUGGUUGAGAGAUGGUAUUUUAAGACGCUGUGAUCUCAGUUGUAAUGUUCUGUGUCCCAGGUGAAGGAGCAGAAGGAGUUGAAAAAUGGACCUUCAAAAGGUAAAGAUGGUGACCAGUAAACUGACUGAAAAACGAGGCUUUUUAAAAAGUAGUUUUUGCGCUGUGAGAAUUUGAGGUAAUCUGAAGUUUUGACAUGCGUAUAAGUUGUUUUACACAGCAGAUUGGUGCUGAUGUUUAUUGAUUUCUCCAUAUUUCUCCCUCUCUCCCUACCGCCGUACCUCUCUCCCUACCACCGUACUGUCCUCCCUCCCUCCCUCCAUGUCUCCAUCUCUCCAUCCCUCUCUCUCCCUACCUCUCUCCCUCCUUCCCUCUCUCCCUACCUCCCUCCCUCUCCCUACCACCGUACCGUCCUCCCUCUCUCCCUACCUCGCUCCCUCCCUCCCUAGCUGCAGUGCCAGCAGGAGGGAUCACAGCAGAGGGGUUGUUCAAGAUGAUGAAGGACCAGGCCAUUACGGUCAUUGUGAUGGACGCUCGCUGCCUCCAAGACUUCCAGGACUCACAGAUCCAGGUCCCCACACAGACUGUCAUCAGUGUCCCAGAGGAGGCUAUCAACCCUGGGUACGGAGGGAGCGAUGGAUGGAUGGAGGGAGUUGGGGGGAGGGUUGUUACAUGUAUGGUUGAUCCAGGUCUCCACUCUGACCUUGUAUAUCGGGGCUACAAGCUGUCUUCUCUGGGGCCAUUCAGCCAGCGGGCUGUGUGUUGUGAACCCCUGCUAAAGGCUAACAUGUUGUUACUCUGUUCCCACAGCAUCACAGUGAACCAGAUAGAGGCCAAUCUACCUGAUGCAUCCAGAGAGACGUGGAAGAGACGGGGGUUUGUAGAUUACAUCAUCCUGCUGGACUGGUUCAGCUCUGUCACUGACCUCAAACUGGGAACCACCUUACAAAGCCUCAAAGAUGCUCUCUACAAGGUAAAUACCAUAGGAAUGUGUGUUCCCUGCGAUGUUUCCUCAGUCAGUGUGUUUUCCAUUGAGGUAAUGUGUGUUUCCUCAGUCAGUGUGUUUUCCAUUGAGGUAAUGUGUGUUUCCUCAGUCAGUGUGUUUUCCAUUGAGGUAAUGUGUGUUUCCUCAGUCGGUGUGUUUUCCAUUGAGGUAAUGUGUGUUUCCUCAGUCAGUGUGUUUUCCAUUGAGGUAAUGUGUGUUUCCUCAGUCAGUGUGUUUUCCAUUGAGGUAAUGUGUGUUUCCUCAGUCAGUGUGUUUUCCAUUGAGGUAAUGUGUGUUUCCUCAGUCAGUGUGUUUUCCAUUGAGGUAAUGUGUGUUUCCUCAGUCAGUGUGUUUUCCAUUGAGGUAAUGUGUGUUUCCUCAGUCAGUGUGUUUUCCAUUGAGGUAAUGUGUGUUUCCUCAGUCAGUGUGUUUUCCAUUGAGGUACUGUGUGCUCCACAGUGGGACAGUGCCACUAUCCUGCGUAGUGAGCCCAUGGUCCUGGAGGGAGGCUAUGAGAGCUGGCUCCUCUUCUACCCGAUGUACACAUCCAACGCCAAAGUCAGACCGCCCCGAACACACAACUACAACACCCUCCCACAGUGUAAGUACCCCUUAACCCUAACCUUACCCUAACCUUACCCUAACCUUAACCCUCACCCUAACCCUCACCCUAACCUUAACCCUCACCCUAACCCCCCGAACACACAACUACAACACCCUCCCACAGAGUGAGUACCCCUUAACCCUAACCUUAACCCUUACCCUAACCUUAACCCUCACCCUAACCCCCCGAACACACAACUACAACACCCUCCCACAGAGUGAGUACCCCUUAACCCUAACCUAUACUUAACCUUAACCCUUAACCUAACCUUAACCUUAACCCUCACCCUAACCCCCCGAACACACAACUACAACACCCUCCCACAGAGUGAGUACCCCUUAACCCUAACCUAUACUUAACCUUAACCCUUAACCUAACCUUAACCUUAACCCUCACCCUAACCCCCUGAACACACAACUACAACCCCCUCCCACAGAGUACCACAGUCACACAUUUCUGUCUGUACCCCAAACACAUCACAGUGCCCAAAACACAUGAUUUUAUUUCAUUUCUGAACUAUUCACCGUUCAAGCAGGCAGAAAUACAGCUGGUAUGACGCUGCCUGCUUGAACGGUGAAUAGCUCAGAUACACAUGAAAACAUGACCCCAGCAAUCGAUAGAACAUCGCUCAGAGAUGCACAAAUAGGAUAUAACAUUCAAAAUGAGUGGAUCUUUCCUUGAAGUUGAUAUGCUACUUCAGCAUGGUGCAGUGGGGGUUUGAUGGAAUUGAUCCCACAGGGUGUCGGUUAGCUCUGCUCCGUGUUAGCGUGGUGUUUAACUUUUGAGAUCUCAUUUUUCUCCUUGUGUAAAUGAACCCAGGGUAGGUUUGUAGUCCUCCAUUGGACUCGGUUUGAGAGCUAAACCGUAACCUCAGUAGUAGUUAAUGUAAUAGUUAUUGUAACAUUACCAGUUCAUGUUUUCUGUUGAGCAGUGAACUUCAGCUACCCGUCACUGGAGGAGCCCAAACCUCCAUCCCCCCCUCCCCCCGAGCCGGACCAUGAACCCCAGGUCCCCCCUGCCUCCCUGGGUAGCGUACAGGUGAACGGUGCCCCCCCGGAGGACCUGGCCCACUCCCACCCUGAGACCCCCUCCACAGGGAUGGAGGCUGACGCCACAGACUCACCCCGCACAGGGCCCACUCAGCCUGGAGUGGGCCACAGCAAGAAGGGCCCUGGAUCAGGACCAGGCACAACCAGCCAGCCUGGAGGGACAGCCAAGCACAUCCCACAGGUAACUGCAUGAGGUCAUGUAUUUGUUUGUUUUAUCAUGUACCUCUGUUGUUGUUGUUGUUUUUAUCGCACUGCUUUGCUUUAUCUUGGCCAGGUCGCAGUUGUAAAUGAGAACUUGUUCUCAACUGGCUUACCUGGUUAAAUAAAGGUUAAAUAAAAAAAAUAAAAAAAUAUUUAUCUUUAAAUAUAUUAAAGGGAUAGUUGACCUAAAUUACAAACUGACAUUGGUUUCCUUCCCCUGUCAACAGUCUAUGGACAAGGUAGGACUGCAAUCCACAAUUAGGUUUUUCCUAGUUGUCAUAGUGAAGAAAGACUGUUACUGUCACCACUUCCAUUUAUUGUUCUUCAAAUGUUGAAUUAAACCCUUAAUCCUCCCCAUCCUCGUCUUCCUCUCUCCCCCAGAUCGACCGCACCAAGAAGCCAUCAGUCAGGGUCUCAGACGGGUCUAAACCCCCCCUGGAUGCCCUCCCAAGGGACCUGCCCCCCUCCUCCCAGAAUGGCCUGUUUGUACCCCAACCCAACCGCUCGGUCAAACCGGCCUUUGACCCUUCGGUCCCGCUGACGGACGAGGAACGCAGUCAGAUCCACACGGAGACGGCUGCUCUGAUGGAGAAGGCCCGGAGAGAGCAGGAACAACGCAAACAGGAACGCCGCACCGAGGAGGAGUGGAGAGAGAGGGAACGGCGGGAAAACCAGGAGAAAGAAGACCAGGAGAGGCCUGAGAAGGAAAAUGAGGAGGAGGAGGAGAAGAGGAGGAAGGAGAAGGAGAACGGGGUUGGGGAGGAGCGAGAGAAGAAGGGGGAGAGGGAGGAUACGCCGACAAAGAGUGCUUCUCUGGACUCGCCAGCUCCCAACCAUAUCGUCACUGAGAUUAAGGUCAGUGUCUCUGUCUGCCUCUCUGUCUGCCUCUCUGUCUGCCUCUCUGUCUGCCUCUCUGUCUGGCUCUCUGUCUGACUCUCUGUCUGACUCUCUGUCUGACUCUCUGUCUGACUCUCUGUCUGGCUCUCUGUCUGCCUCUCUGUCUGCCUCUCUGUCUGCCUCUCUGUCUGCCUCUCUGUCUGCCUCUCUGUCUGCCUCUCUGUCUGCCUCUCUGUCUGCCUCUCUGUCUGCCUCUCUGUCUGCCUCUCUGUCUGCCUCUCUGUCUGCCUCUCUGUCUGUGGCUGCGUUCCGAUUCUCUAACCUUCUCAUAGAAGUUGUUCCCUCCCCCUCAUAGCAUUUCAAAGCAUUGGAUUGGUGCAAGCAUGGGAGGAGGGAGUUUCCACCAUAUCCCUCACACCAGUCCAUUCCUUUUAAAGCCAUGAGGGGGAGUGAACACUUUGGGAGAAUGGGAAUCUAGUCUGUCUGUCUGUGGUAGUGUCACCUUUAUUAAUACAGGUAAGUCAGUUAAGAACAGAUUCUUAUUUACAAUGACGACCUUUCAAACAAAUCAAUAAACAUCAAUUACACUAUACACAUCAAUUACACUAUACACAUCUAUAUACACAUAAAUUACACUAUACACACCAUAUACACUAUACACAUCUAUAUACACAUCAAUUACACUAUACACAUCAAUUACACUAUACACAUCAUAUACACUAUACACAACUAUAUUCACAUCAAUUACACUAUACAGUGCAUUCGGAAAGUAUUCAGACCCCUUGACCUUUUCCCAUUUUGUUACGUUGCAGCCUUAUUCUAAAAUGGAUUAAAUAAAAAAAGUCCUCAUCAAUCUACACACAAUACCACAUAAUGACAAACCGAAAACAGGUUUUUAGAAAUACCUUAUUUAUAGAAGUAUUCAGACCCUUUGCUAUGAGACUCGAAAUUGAGCUCAGGUGCAUCCUGUUUCCAUUGAUCAUCCUUGAGAUGUUUCUACAACUUGGAGUCCACCUGUGGUAAAUUCAAUUGAUUGGACAUGAUUUGGAAAGGCACAUACAUGUCUAUAUAAGGUCCCACAGUUGACAGUGCAUGUCAGAGCAAAAACCAAGCCAUGAGGUCGAAAGGAAUUGUCCGUAGAGCUCCGAGACAGGAUUGUGUCGAGGCACAGAUCUGGGGAAGGGUACCAAAAAAAUGUCUGCAGCAUUGAAGGUCCCCAAGAACAUAGUGGCCUCCGUCAUUCUUAAAUGGAAGAAGUUUGGAUCCACCAAGACUCUUCGUAGAGCUGGCCACCCAGCCAAACUGAGCAAUCGGGGGAGGGCCUUGGUCAGGGAGGUGACCAAGAACCCAAUGGCCACUCUGACAGAGCUCCAGAGUUCCUCUGUGGCGAAGGGAGAACCUUCCAGAAGGACAACCAUCUCUGCAGCACUCCACCAAUCAGGCCUUUAUGGUGGAGUGGCCAGAUGGAAACAACUCCUCAGUAAAAGGCACAUGACAGCCCGCUUGGAGUUUGCCAAAAGGCACCUAAAGGACUCUCAGACCAUGAGAAACAAGAUUCUCUGGUCUGAUGAAACCAAGAUUGAACUCUUUGGAAACCUGGCACCAUCCCUACGGUGAAGCAUGGUGGUGGCAGCAUCAUGCUGUGGGGAUAUUUUUCAGGGGCAGGGACUGGGAGACUAGUCAGGAUCGAGGGAAAGAUGGACGGAGCAAAGUACAGAGAGAUCCUUGAUGAAAACCUGCCCCAGAGCGCUCAGGACCUCAGACUGGGGUGGAGGUUCACCUUCCAACAGGACAACGACCCCAAGCACACAGCCAAGACAACACAGGAGUGGCUUCGGGACAAGUCUCUGAAUGUCUUUGAGUGGCCCAGCCAGAGCCCGGACUUGAACCCGAUUUGAACAUCUCUGAAAAUAGCUGUGCAGCAACUCUCCCUAUCCAACCUGACAGAGCUUGAGAGAAUCUGCAGAGAAGAAUGGGAGAAACUCCCCAAAUACAGGUGUGCCAAGCUUGUAGCGUCAUACCCAAGAAAUUUGCAAAAAUGUCAAAAACCAGUUUUUGCUUUGUCGUUAUGGGGCAUUGUGUGUAGAUUGAUGAGGGGAAAAAACAAUUGAAUCCAUUUUAGAAUAAGGCUGUAAAGUAACAAAAUGGAAAAAGUCAAGGGGUCUGAAUACUUUACGAAUGCACUGUACAUAAAAGCAAACACGAAAAGCAAAACCCAAUCGUUUGAGAACACCACAUUCUUCAGUUAAAAGGCCCUCUAACAUCUGCCUGAAUUGCCCUAGAGGCACCAACUCCACCAACUUUAAGGACUUUUGGAGAUCAAAUCAAAUGUUAUUUGCCACAUGCGCCGGAUACAACAGGUGUAGACCUUACAGUGAAAUGCUUACUUACAAGCCCUUAACCAACAAUGCGGUUUUUAAGAAAAGAAAAACAAAGUGUUAAGUAAAAAAUUAAAAAUAGCAAAUAGUUAAAGAGCAGCAGUAAAAUAAAGUAAUAGUAGGGAGGCUAUAUACAGGAGUUACCGGUACAGAGUCAAUGUGCGGGGGCACCGGUUAGUCGAGGUAAUUGAGGUAAUAUGUACAUGUGGGUAGAGUUAAAGUGACUAUGCAUAAAUAAUAAACAGAGUAGCAGCAGCGUAAAAAGAGAGAGAGAGGGGGGGAGGGAGGGAGGGGGGGGGGGCAGUGCAAAUUGUCUGGGUAGCCAUGAUUAGCUGUUCAGGAGUCUUAUGGCGUGGGUGUAGAAGCUGUUAAGAAGCCUUUUGGACCUAGACUUGGCGCUCCGGUACCGCUUGCCGUGCGGUAGCAGAGAGAACAGUCUAUGACUAGGGUGGCUGGAGUGUUUGACAAUUUUUAGGGCCUUCCUCUGACACCGCCUGGUAUAGAGGUCCUGGAUGGCAGGAAGCUUGACCCAAGUGAUGUACACUGUGGUAGUGUGUGUGUCUGUCUGUCUGUCUGUCUGGCAGUCUGUCUGUGGCAGUCUGUCUGGCAUUCUGUCUGUCUGGCAGUCUGUCUGUGGCAGUGUGUCUGUCUGUCUGUGGCAGUGUGUCUUUCUGUCUGUCUGUCUGUCUGUGGCAGUGUGUCUGUGUGUUUCUGUGAUGCUAAAAAAACGCUAAGCAUCUAACCAUUUCUCCCAGUCACUACUGUACCUUUUCUCCCAGUCACUACUGUACCUUUUCUCCCAGUCACUACUGUACCUUUUCUCCCAGUCACUACUGUACCUUUCCAGCCCAACACCAAUAAGCCCAUAUCCAACCCAUCUCUUAAUAUAAACCCCAUCCAUCCAUCCAGAAGUUAAUACUAUCCAAUAGCCAUCCAUCUCACCCGUCUGAUAACAACCAGAAGUUAAUACUAUCCAUUAGCCAUCCACCUCACCCGUCUGAUAAUAUCCAGAAGUUAAUACUAUCCAUUAGCCAUCCACCUCACCCGUCUGAUAAUAUCCAGAAGUUAAUACUAUCCAAUAGCCAUCCAUCUCACCCGUCUGAUAAUAUCCAGAAGUUAAUACUAUCCAUUAGCCAUCCACCUCACCCGUCUGAUAAUAUCCAGAAGUUAAUACUAUCCAAUAGCCAUCCAUCUCACCCGUCUGAUAAUAUCCAGAAGUUAAUACUAUCCAUUAGCCAUCCACCUCACCCGUCUGAUAAUAUCCAGAAGUUAAUACUAUCCAAUAGCCAUCCAUCUCACCCGUCUGAUAAUAUCCAGAAGUUAAUACUAUCCAUUAGCCAUCCACCUCACCCGUCUGAUAAUAUCCAGAAGUUAAUACUAUCCAAUAGCCAUCCAUCUCACCCGUCUGAUAAUAUCCAGAAGUUAAUACUAUCCAAUAGCCAUCCAUCUCACCCGUCUGAUAAUAUCCAGAAGUUAAUACUAUCCAAUAGCCAUCCAUCUCACCCGUCUGAUAAUAUCCAGAAGUGAAUACUAUCCAAUAGCCAUCCAUCUCACCCGUCUGAUAAUAUCCAGAAGUUAAUACUAUCCAUUAGCCAUCCACCUCACCCGUCUGAUAAUAUCCAGAAGUUAAUACUAUCCAAUAGCCAUCCACCUCACCCGUCUGAUAACAUCCAGAAGUUAAUACUAUCCAAUAGCCAUCCAUCUCACCCGUCUGAUAAUAUCCAGAAGUUAAUACUAUCCAAUAGCCAUCCACCUCACCCGUCUGAUAAUAUCCAGAAGUUAAUACUAUCCAAUAGCCAUCCAUCUCACCCGUCUGAUAAUAUCCAGAAGUUAAUACUAUCCAAUAGCCAUCCACCUCACCCGUCUGAUAAUAUCCAGAAGUUAAUACUAUCCAAUAGCCAUCCACCUCACCCGUCUGAUAACAACCAGAAGUUAAUACUAUCCAAUAGCCACCAGUUAAUAAGUCGUCUGUCCCCAAUGACCAGCGGACAUUUGAUAAGCCCAUCCCAUGUGCAACCCAUAUCCUACUACAUUGGUUCUCAAAACUCUCCUCUGCGACCCCCAGCCGGUCCAAACCUCUCCUCUGCGACCCCCAGCCGGUCCAAAACUCUCCUCUGCGACCCCCAGCCGUUCCAAACCUCUCCUCUGCGACCCCCAGCCGGUCCAAACCUCUCCUCGGGGACCCCCAGCCGGUCCAAAACUCUCCUCUGCGACCCCCAGCCGUUCCAAAACUCUCCUCUGCGACCCCCAGCCGUUCCAAAACUCUCCUCUGCGACCCCCAGCCGUUCCAAACCUCUCCUCUGCGACCCCCAGCCGUUCCAAACCUCUCCUCUGCGACCCCCAGCCGUUCCAAACCUCUCCUCUGCGACCCCCAGCCGUUCCAAACCUCUCCUCUGCGACCCCCAGCCGUUCCAAACCUCUCCUUGGGGACCCCCAGCUGGUCCAAACCUCUCCUCGGGGACCCCCAGCUGGUCCAAACCUCUCCUUGGGGACCCCCAGCUGGUCCAAACCUCUCCUUGGGGACCCCCAGCUGGUCCAAACCUCUCCUCGGGGACCCCCAGCCGUUCCAAACCUCUCCUUGGGGACCCCCAGCCGUUCCAAACCUCUCCUCGGGGACCCCCAGCCGUUCCAAACCUCUCCUUGGGGACCCCCAGCUGGUCCAAACCUCUCCUCGGGGACCCCCAGCUGGUCCAAACCUCUCCUCGGGGACCCCCAGCCGUUCCAAACCUCUCCUUGGGGACCCCCAGCCGUUCCAAAACUCUCCUCUGCGACCCCCAGCCGUUCCAAACCUCUCCUCUGCGACCCCCAGCCGUUCCAAACCUCUCCUCUGCGACCCCCAGCCGUUCCAAACCUCUCCUCUGCGACCCCCAGCCGUUCCAAACCUCUCCUCUGCGACCCCCAGCCGUUCCAAACCUCUCCUUGGGGACCCCCAGCUGGUCCAAACCUCUCCUCGGGGACCCCCAGCUGGUCCAAACCUCUCCUUGGGGACCCCCAGCUGGUCCAAACCUCUCCUUGGGGACCCCCAGCUGGUCCAAACCUCUCCUCGGGGACCCCCAGCCGUUCCAAACCUCUCCUUGGGGACCCCCAGCCGUUCCAAACCUCUCCUCGGGGACCCCCAGCCGUUCCAAACCUCUCCUUGGGGACCCCCAGCUGGUCCAAACCUCUCCUCGGGGACCCCCAGCUGGUCCAAACCUCUCCUCGGGGACCCCCAGCCGUUCCAAACCUCUCCUUGGGGACCCCCAGCCGUUCCAAACCUCUCCUCGGGGACCCCCAGCCAGUCCAAACCUCUCCUCUGGGACCCCCAGCCGUUCCAUGGAUUUGAUCUAUUCCAGAGCCAGCACACCUGAUUCAACUGGUCAACUAAUCAUCAAGCCCUUGACUAGGUGAAUCAAUCAUCAAGCCCUUGACUAGGUGAAUCAAUCAUCAAGCCCUUGACUAGGUGAAUCAAUCAUCAAGCCCUUGACUAGGUGAAUCAAUCAUCAAGCCCUUGACAAGUUGAAUCAAUCAUCAAGCCCUUGACUAGGUGAAUCAAUCAUCAAGCCCUUGACUAGGUGAAUCAAUCAUCAAGCCCUUGACUAGGUGAAUCAAUCAUCAAGCCCUUGACUAGGUGAAUCAAUCAUCAAGCCCUUGACUAGGUGAAUCAAUCAUCAAGCCCUUGACUAGGUGAAUCGAUCAUCAAGCCCUUGACUAGGUGAAUCAGCUGAGAUAGUUCAGGGCUACAAUACACUUGUGAAACGUCUGGGGGUUCCUGAGGAGAGGUUGGAGAACGACUGUCCUAAUAUACAGCCAAUUCAAUCUCACCGAUACCCAUAUAGCUUGAUCUGCGUAGUCAAAUGAUGUGAGCUGUGUUGUGUCCCUCCCUCCCAACCCCCAGGCCCCCUCCCCCAUGAAGCUUAGUAGUGCUGUAAAGAGGAGGAGCUAUCAGACUGGGAUAUUAAACCACAGAACAGCUGAUGACUAUGACAUACCCAAGGUAUAUAAUCAACACUCAAAACAACCCAACGUGUUGCUCAUCAUGGCAUGAUGUUGUUUUUAUAAAAAGCUUCAGUGGUAUUUUUAUUUCCGCAUCCAGAGUGCAUGUUCACGACCGCUUGGAAAUUGUGGGACACAAAACGGCACUUGGGACGUUUUGACCCCGAGUUUGCAAGUUCAUUUUUUUGUUCUUCUACCAUCGCCUGCCCAGAACAUUCUAGUGAAGCAACAGAAGAACCCUGCAUUGAAAUACUACUGCUAGCUACCCCCCCCCCCUUUGACUGGGCAGAAUUCUCCUUACAUUGGCUGUACGCUGUGUGUGUAACGUGUAUGUAAUAUGUGUGUGUGUGUGUAACAUGUAUGUGUUGUGUGUAACGUGUCUGUUGUCCCACAGCGUGAGCUCCUGACCAGAGCCAGGAGUGAGGAGAUGGGUAGACGUGUACCAGGCCUGCCUGUCGGCUGGAUGAAGGUAAACAAACAAACACUAAACUGACACAUCAAACUAUUUAACCCAUCGUUUCUUGAUGUUCAAAGAGAACUGCUAAGUAGCCAGCAAGGGGAAAGCAUUGAAGUGGACAUAUUCUAUCAGCGUAAAUGGAUAACUACAUUGCACGCAAAUACAAUGGAGAGUGUUUUCACACACAACCAUCAUUGUGAGGAAAAAGAAAAUUGGAGAAAGGAAAAAAACCUCCCCUCUAUCCUCUUUCCACCAGUUCUUAGACACGGUAACCGGUACCUACCGUUACUACCAUUCCCCAACCAACCGGGUGCACCUCUACCCCCCUGAGGUCAGCGUGCCCCAGACGCCCCCCUCCACCCCCCCUACGGCCAAACACAAGCAGCCCCGCCCCGCUGAGCCAGACAAGACCAUGGACCGCGACCAGGAGCAGUCCAAACUGAAACGCUCCUACUCCUCUCCAGACAUCACCCAGGACCUGAGGGAGGAGGGGCUAAAGAAGGUUACCGCCCCCAUAACUGCUGCCCCAACCUUUAACAGGGAGACCAAGUAGGUGACAUCAUCAUCACAUGGAUGGGCCUCGUCAAUAUAUAGGUUUCACUCACUCAGAUUAAGCCUAGUCCUGGACUAAGAAGCUAUUUUUCACUAAUCUCCACUAAGAAUGUUUUUAAAUCCUGGGGUGUAUUCAUUAGUUGGAUUCCGUUGCAAAAUGUUUUGUCUGUUGCGAAACGUUUCGCAACGGAAACCGUUUACCGUUUACUCUAGGAACCAAACGAAAGCCAACAGAGAAAAAAACGGAACGAAACGGGGAGGGACCUAGCUGAAUUUGUCCAAUAGUAACAGUUUCCGUAGCAAAAUGUUUUGCAACGAAAUCCGACUAAUCAAUACACCCCUGGACUAUCAAUACACCCCCUGGACUACACUUCAUCUGAGUCUGGGGAAACGUGACUUUAGGAUUUACACUCAGAUAAAAUAACCCUUGGACUAAAUUGCAUUUCAAUGUAUCUAGAUAAUUUGGAUUCAUGGAUAUGAUUAAAAAAAUACUAUUGGAUUAUGACAGAACUUGAUUUAACAUGUUUGAAACACGUAAGUAUUUAAUUCACAUUUCUAGAUGAAAGUUGAUUAAAUCCCAUUAGCUAUCUGCUUUAUAAUACGGUGUAUUUGACUGUACUGUUUCUAACUUCUCACUGCCAUACCUCUCCCAGACCCCCCACUGCUAACGUCUAUGCCAAGGUGGAGAUUGCCCGUCCGUCUGCGGCUAAGAUCCGUAACCUGAACCCUGUGUUCGGCGGUCUGGGCGCGUCGCUCACCGGCCUGCGUAACCUAGGCAACACCUGCUACAUGAACUCCAUCCUGCAGUGUCUCUGCAACACCCCGGCCAUGGUCGACUACUUCAACAAGAACUACUAUCAGGAGGAUAUCAACAGGUCAGUCAUGUAG